AUGAAACAUGGAAUGUGCUUACUGUUGCUUUUAGUUUCACUGGCGUUGAUGUCCACGGUUUCAGUGGCGGUGAUAUCCACGAGCUGCACAGAUGUCCUAAUCAGUAUGGCGCCAUGUCUCGGCUACAUCACUGGAAACUCUUCUUCUCCUUCUCAACAAUGCUGUGGUCGGUUGGCUCACGUUGUCAGGUUUUCUGCUGAGUGUUUGUGUGAGCUUCUCAAAGGUGGACAACCUCAUCUUGGUGUCAAUUUUAAUCAAACACAAGCUCUUGCUUUGCCUAAAGCUUGUAAUGUUCAAACUCCUCCCAUUAGUCGCUGCAACGAACAUGGAAAUGUAUCAAAAACAGUUCCAGGACAUGGGUCAUCAUCAUCUCAUGGGAGUUCUAUCAAGUUCUCAUUUCCUCUUAUGGCCAUCUUUUCUGUGGCUUACUACAUCACAAUAUACUCAAAAACUGACUUUUAA